CCCUCUCAUGCCCGCGCGCUAGAGCAAGAAUCCUUUGAUUUGUAUUAAUAGUCUUCCUCUCUCUGCCGAGCAAAAUGGAAGAAAGCAAGAGAAUGUAUUCAAGUACGUCAAAAUAAACCAUGAUAUCUAAGAAAUUUCCACACAUAGACAGAUCAUCAUCAUCGUUGCUCAAUUUCGCUCCCAAGAUCCAUCCAAUGCAGCUCACCAGAGGAGGGUCUUUGAUUGAAACGAACUCAGAAAGAUGAGAAUCCGAGGAGACCGAAUCGGGACGAAGAAAGGGUAUAGUGAAGCUUUUCGGUUUUGUUUUACACAGUCCCAUUAGAACCAAACAGUGAGAAGUAACCGUGAAGAGAGAGAGAGAGAGAGAGAGAGAGAGAGAGAGAGAGAGCGGGAAGACGAGCUGGUUCCCUUUUGUGGGUGCAGCUUCUAAAUAUAAGACUGAUUGGUGAGGUCUCGGCUUCUGCACUACGAGUUGAAUUGGGUGGGCUUUUUCCUAUAAUCGAAAGGAGCAUGAGAGGAAGGAGAUAGAAGUGGAGGAUCAAGAUAUGCAGGAAAUGAAGAGGGAGUGUGACGGUGGUGGCAACAAUGGAGAUGUUAAGAAGGAGAGGCACAUUGUCACAUGGUCUCAACAGGAGGAUGAUACACUACGUGAACAGAUCACAAUUCAUGGAACGGACAACUGGGUGACUAUUGCGUCUAAGUUCAAGGAUAAGACGGCGAGGCAAUGCAGGAGAAGAUGGUAUACAUACUUGAACUCUGAUUUCAAAAAGGGCGGAUGGUCGCCGGAGGAAGACAUGCUCUUAUGCGAGGCUCAGAAGAUAUUUGGUAAUAGAUGGACAGAAAUAUCAAAGGUGGUUUCAGGCAGGACGGACAAUGCCGUGAAGAAUCGGUUCACCACCUUAUGCAAGAAGAGAGCAAAAUACGAAAGCUUGACGAAAGAAAACAACUUUCCAUUUAUCAACACCAAUAACAAAAGGGUCGUCUCAUACAACACAUCAAUCUCGGAGGAAACGUCGGAAAGAGCAGUACAUUUGAAAAGGAUGAGCAGGAGGACUCAAGUUCCUGAUCUUACAGAAGCUUGCAACUUUGGUAUGAUAUCGUACGGGAAAUCCAGAGUGGCAUUGGAUCAGCAGCCAAGAACUCCCUUCUCUGUAGUGGUUUCGAACAUCCACAACAACUACGCAGCCAAGGAUAGCAAAACUGAAAGAACAUUUCUCAGUAAAGAUGAUCCCAAAGUCACUGCCUUGAUGCAGCAAGCAGAAUUGCUCGGUUCACUUGCACUAAAAGUGAACACCGAAAGCACAUGCCAGAGUCUAGAAAAUGCUUGGAAGGUUCUUGAGGAUUUUCUGAAUCAAGCCAAAGGAGGUGAAUUCCAUGAACAUAUGAUCUCCAAUAUCGACUUCCAGCAGGAGAAUUUCAAAGACUUACUCAAGGAGUUGGGAAGUAGCAUUGAGGGAAGUCAAUCGUCAAGGGAACCUGAUCUAUGUGAAGCGUCUCCAGCCAGCUCCGAGUAUAGCACAGGUUCCACAAUAUUGCUCCAUGGAACUACAGAUGGAACAGAACCCACUCAACAAAGAGGAGGCAUCCUAGACAAAUAUGUUGAAACUGAAACUGCAGCUCCACCAAUCCAUACUGAACAAUUUGUCAACGACCAGAAUGUCACCAUACCAUUUCAUCAUACAACCAACAAAGCAGAAAAUCCCCAAUCCAUUGAUGAACAAAUAAAUGAAAAUGGAGUUGGUCCUGCCCUGUCACAUACAGAGUUUGGCUCGCCUCUUCAAGUAACCCCACUGUUUGGAUCACUAGCAGCAGGAAUUCCCAGCCCAAAGUUUUCAGAGAGUGAAAAGAACUUCAUAAUGAAAACACUGGGAAUGGAGUCCCCACGUCCAAUCCCCAGCAUCAAUCCUUCCCAUCCCCCAGCAUGCAAAAGAGCCCUCCUCCAGAACCCCUAAACCACCAACCUGAACUCCACAUUCCAUCUCAUGGUCAACAAAUUCCAGUCUUUAUUCUAAAAGAUCUAGCAUGUAUCUAGCCCUUCUUUUCUCCGGCCCGGACACAUGUUCCGCAUUCUUUUCCCUUCCAUUUUAUUGUUCUAAACCACCAGUGUCGAAUCUGAAUUUGCCACUCGGUAAAUCCCGAUUUAAGAGUGUUAAGAAACACUAGCUCAUCCUCAAGUCAAGAUUCCAUCUCCUUCCGUGUCCUAUAUGAGUCACUAGCCCAUUACUCGAACUGAAAUUCAAUCCGCUUAUUCCGGGUUUCAUUCUUUUGUCUCCACUGGAAAUUUUGGUUUGUCGUUUGUACAGGAACUGCGGCUUCUCGCCGGCAGAGUGUAGCUAUUCGUCGGCUCCUCCUCCUGGCCUACAGCUUGCCUGAUGAUUAUUCUAUUACGAACAGAGAGAGAGAGAGAGAGAGAGAGAGAGAGAGAGAGAGAGAGAGUCAAUGGGUGUUCAUAGAAGUAUAGAAAUAUUCUCUUGCUCCCAGUUCCAGAUGUAAUUCAACUUCACUGAUGCCCAGUGGAAAUGGGGUUUUGUUUUCGGUGUGUAAAAUGCUUCUUCUUUCAUGUAUUAUCAUGCACUAUAUCUAUGCUCGAGAAUCAACUAGACCAAUUCUAAGAACCAACAACGA